CCACCCACCCACCCACACACAGAGAGAGUGAAACUGAAAGAAAAUGCCCCCAACAUCCUCCACGAAACGCCUCCUCCGCGAAGCCACCGAACUAACGACCCACCCCUCGCCCUACUUCCACGCCACGCCCAUCUCCGAAUCCAACCUCUACGACUGGCACUUCACCAUCCAAGGCCCACCAUCCCCCUCUCCCUACGCCAACGGCCUCUACCACGGCCGCAUCGUCCUCCCGCCCACAUACCCUCUCCGCCCCCCGUCCUUCCGCUUCCUCACCCCCUCCGGCCGCUUCGAAGUGAAUCGCGAAAUCUGUCUCAGUAUCUCAGGCCAUCAUGAGGAGACGUGGCAGCCGGCGUGGGGGAUCCGGACGGCGUUGAUUGCGCUGCGGAGCUUUAUGGAUGGGGAUGCGAAGGGGCAGGUGGGGGGGUUGGAUGUGGGCGUGGAGGUGAGGAGGCGGUAUGCGGUUGAGUCGAGGGAUUGGUGCUGUGAUGCGUGUGAGUGGUGUAUGGGGAGGCGGAAUGAGGUGGUUAUGAGGGAGUGGAGGGGGUUUUGUGCCGAGAGGGGGGUGUUGGUGGAGGAGGAGGGGGGAAAGAGUGAGAAUGAAGCCUCGGUGCGGGUCACGGAGGGGGAUGCGAUGGAGAGGGAGAUGGGGAGUGGGGAUGCGAAUGCGGAUAUAUCGACGCCGACGCCUACGUCUACAACUGCACCUGCUCCUGCUCCUGCUCCUGCACAUAUGUCUGCAUCUACAGAUGAAGCUACAGCUACAUCUGCUUCACCGCAGACACAGACACAACCACAAGAGCAAUCACAACUACAAACACAACCACUCACACCGACACCUACCACCACUACAACUCCACAACAACCACACCCUCAACCCCAAUUCCACCCCCAACAACACCCUCUGCCCACGGCAACCCCCCCAUCCCAAGAAACCCCCUGGCUCGACCGCGCCAUCAUCGGAGUCGUCAUCGCUCUGGCAGUAAUGAUUCUCCGUCGACUCGCCCGCGAAGACAUGGAAUGACCACCUACCUACCUCCUUAUCAUCUUUUCACUUCCAUUCCAAGGGCACAAAAGAUCUGAUUCACAGUACCUCAUUCUAUUUAUCUUGUUAUCUGAGCAAGCGAGCGUGGUGUGGUUGACGUUGAGGUAUCGAUCAUCUUCUUACCAUUUAAUGUGGGGUCUGGGUUAGGGAAACAGUUGUAUUAUGUAUGGUAUUAUAUCCGGAGUUUAGAUGGGUAAUUGAUUUGAUCUUUUUCUAUUUGAA